AUGGACAAGUCUCUUCUGUUGCUGCUUGGUGCAGCCUUCCUCUUUAGUUCUCUAUUCUUACUCGUGUUCAAGCAUGGAAGACGUACGGUCUUCCUGAACCGCCUUCACUUUCAUCAUCGAAGAUCUUCAGGCUCCAAAACACCUCCAAGAUCCUUAUCACCCGGGAAAGAGAAAUCAAAUGCCUUGCCGGUCAUCAAUUACUCGGACACAUUCCCUCCCUCCCGUAGAUUCACGUUGGCUGAGAUCCAAAGCAAUCUGCAAACGAUAACUGGAAAGCCCCAGGAUGCCUUCUUGGCUUCACCGCCUAAUUCUAAGACAGCAUGUUUGCCUCUCAAUGCCUCAUAUCUUGACGCUAAGGAGCCUCUGUUCACGCCUUGUGAAUUCUCCACAGAGGAGAUCAAAGCCUUGGGCGACUUCCCCGACUAUUCCUUACUCAGUGGUGUGCCUCUGCCUAGUUCCUAUCCAGAAUUCGAUAUCACCAAAGCCCUACCAAGACCCUAUAGACCUUUUCGAUGGAACUACCACCAGACAAUGUCCCUGACCAAACUCGAGCCGGACUGGUGGAUCGAACUCGAGAAUACCUACGUGGAUCGUAUUAAACAGCGUCAGGGCCUCUUCGCAAAGCAUGGAAAGGGAGUGCUAGACGCUCUUCCUGGAUCCGAAUUAGUAUGCAAAGAACUCAUGGAGAUGGUACUACAAUUUAUCUGUGCCCGGUACCCACAAUACUUCAGGCUGGACAAGACGAACAUGGUAUUCUAUAACGACAUCCUGAAGACGGAGACAGACCUCAAGGCAAUGCAUCCUCUCCAUGUCCUCCUGAACAACGUACCGGAAGAUUUUGCCAUCACCCUCAGAGAUCCUACCAACGGCCAUUAUGUCUUCCGAGCCGGCAUAAUCUGCAGUUCCCUGGGUUGGAAUGUAGCCACCAAGAUUGGGCUUCAACUCCAUGAAAUCCAUACGCCGAUACCGGACUACAAAGAGAAGAUGCAGUUCUCUAUGGACAGAUACUUCGCAAAGAAACCUACAGACAAGGCUAUUCAACGUGGAUCUUGGGGAUUGGAAGUUGAUCAACCUCUCUAUAUGCCUCCAGGAGACUCACAUGAGCAACACCGUGACGUUCAGAGUCCCGACCUGGACAUCACCCGCUGCCACUUACGUGUGGAUUGGCAGACGCUCCGUCGCCUUCCACUCUCUGGGGGUAUCGUAUUUAACUUCAAAGCGCUCUUCACGCCGGUAGAGAGCUUCAGAGAUGAACCAUUCGUACCAGCAUUGGUGCUCAAAGUGCUGAAGGAGGGCAAGCGCAGCUUGAUGGAGUAUAAGAACACAUGGCACACGGAGCACGUCGUCAUCCCUGCAUUGGAGGAGUAUGCUCGCGAACAAGUCGAGAAGGGUCUAGUUCCUGCCGACUGGGAGCCGCAUACCCUGGAGGAUAGUCCUUGGUUUCCUGGGUGGGAAGAGAAGUGGCAUCGAGAGCAAGGUUUCUAG